AUGGGCCCCUGUACCGCCUCCUCAUGCUGCUGCCAGGCCCGUAAUCUGCCAUGGGCCCCCGUACCGACUCCUCAUGCUGCUGCCAGGCCCGUAAUCUGUCAUGGGCCCCUGUACCGCCUCCUCAUGCUGCUGCCAGGUCCAGAGUGUACUCAUGGGUCCCUGUACGGCCUCCCAUUGCUGCUGUCUCCAUCGCCACACUCUGCCAUGUGCCACUUUCAGGUCUCCUCACACUGCUGGUGGGUUCCAUUUUGUCAUAGGGUGCUGUAUGGCCUCCCAUUGCUGCUGCCUCCACCGCCACACUGUGGCUCCACACUCUGGUUUUGGCCCCGUGACUGCCCAAAUGAGUGAAGUGUGCGGUGAUUCUAAGAUCGACGGCACUCAUCUGCAUGUCAUACUGACUGACAGUAUUAUUUCUCUUCCCCAGCAGACUCCAAGGGCAUUUAAAUUAAAGGUACAGUGUUCUGCACUAAUAUAA